GUAUUUGGCCAGUAAUGGGAUUUUAUUUACGUGUUUUCAAACGGUGCAUAUGAUGGUCAGCAAUAUCAGUGUUUACACUUAAUUAAAAAGUUACCUCGUCAUAUAUUAACGUAUCUGCGUUACAUAAAUAGCUAAGUAUCGCUUGCUAAGCUAAUGAGUACUAAAGGGAGCUUAUCAGUUUAGCUGUUAAUGUCGGCUGUAUAUGAGGUUGGAUGAUAUGCAGACCUCAGAUGAUCCCUAUGAGACAUUCAUUCUGCGGCAUUUAAAGCAUUAUGGAUUUUUUACAGGCCAGAGUUCUACAUUUCUUCAGAGAAAUGUUUCAACAGGGAGACUAUGGGAGAGCAGCCAUGAUUCUGUGGCUCCAGAUAUCCUCCAUUCAACUGCUGACAGCACAGACGUGGAUGAGAAACAUCUACAGGCACAUCAGGGACAAGUCUCUUUCAACAUGGAGAAAUAUCUCAGGACCAGGCAGCUUCUACUUGACCUUGAUGGUGGAAAGCCAGUCCCACGCCUGAGGGAACCACUGGAUCUCUUUUCUAUCCCUUCCAUUUCUUGUCCUUUCCAGGGUGUUCGCUGGCCGGUUGAAUGUGAAGUCAUCUGUGACAAAAUCCAUCACAUAGAGUGGGAUCCUCCAGAACCAGAACCGUUUUAUCAACCGACAGGCUAUGAGCAGACCCCUUUGCCAGGGGGAGAAGAAAAAGGAAUUACUGUGUAUUGUGUAGAUUCUGCCACAAAAAUGUCCUAUUUCACUCGUUCCCGUGUUGGUGGCAGUAGGAGGCAUAUAAAGAAUUUCACAUCUAGUGCUGACAGUCAGGAGACACCUACCCUGUCUUUUGAAUCCAGAUUUGAGAGUGGCAAUCUUCAAAAAGCAGUUAAAAUUGGUCAUUAUGACUAUGAGCUCACGUUGCGCAAUGACAUGUACACCACAAAGCACACACAGUGGUUCUACUUCCGUGUGAAGAACACGAAGGCUGGUGUUACAUAUCGUUUCACGAUUAUCAACUUGAUGAAAUCUAGCAGUCUGUAUGAAACAGGUAUGCGUCCCCUUCUGUACUCUGAGCAUGGUGCCUGGCUGAAGGGAGAGGGUUGGCACCGUGCAGGCAACAACAUUCGGUAUUACCGGAAUCAGAGUGAAAAAGAGGGCAAAUCACUCUAUUCUCUCACCUGGACACUUGAGUUUCCUCAUGAAAAUGAUACAUGCUACUUGGCCCACUGCUACCCUUACACUUACUCGGACCUGCAACGCUAUUUGCAAGGUGUGGUUUCAGACCCAGCUCGGGCAAUGUAUUGUAAAGUGCGGGUACUGUGCCGAAGCUUGGCAGGAAACUCUGUGUAUGUGCUGACUAUUACUGCACCCUGUGGCACCUGGCAAGAGCGAAGAAACAGGCGAGCAGUGGUAGUGACAGCACGGGUGCAUCCAGGAGAAACAAAUGGCUCAUGGAUGAUGCAGGGCUUCUUGGAUUUUCUGUUGGGUAAAUCACCCGACGCACAUCUACUGAGGGAAACCUUUGUGUUUAAGGUAGUGCCAAUGCUGAACCCUGAUGGUGUGGUAGUUGGGAACUACCGCUGCUCUCUGGCAGGCCGUGAUAUGAACCGCAACUAUCGUACUCUACUUAAGGAGUCAUUCCCCUGUGUGUGGUACACACGUAAUAUGGUGAAACGGUUGCUUACUGAGAGAGAAGUAGUGUUAUACUGUGAUUUUCAUGGCCACAGCAGAAAAAACAAUGUAUUCAUGUACGGUUGCACUGAUCGUAAGGAUACUUCACUACUUCUUCAGGAGCGUGUCUUCCCUCUAAUGAUGAGCAAAAAUGCCAAAGACAAGUUUUCUUACAGAAGUUGUAAGUUUAAGAUGCAGAAAGGAAAAGAAGGCACUAGUCGCAUUGUCAUGUGGAGGCUUGGCAUCAGAAACAGCUAUACAAUGGAGUCCACCUUUGGAGGCUCCACUUUAGGGGGCAGGAGAGGAACUCACUUCUCUGUGGGGGACCUGAAGUCUAUUGGCUACCAUUUUUGCGAUACCCUCUUGGACUUCUGCGACCCAGACCAAACCAAGACUGAACAGUGUCUAAAGGAACUAGGGACUUGGCUGAAACAGGAGAUCAGACGGAAGCUGGGCAGGGAGGUGGACUUCCUGGAUUGCCUCUCUGAUGUAGAUAUUGAGUCCAGUACAAGUGGAUCAAAUAGCACAGACUCAGAUGGUCUGCCUGUUCAUCUUUUAAACUGCAUGGACCAGGAUAUAAAAACCAAGAAGAAGCAUUUAUGGAGCAGAAAAGAAAGAAAUAGAUUACGACAACAGGGAGCACAGAGUGCAAAAUCAAAGAUCCUUCACAGAGACAAGAAAAACACAGAUACGAUGCCAUCGAAUGAAGAUCUAGUGACUGAAACAAUCCAAGAAAAAACAGUCAAUCCAGUGAAAGAGGGGAAGGACAAGAACCCAAACGCACAGUUAGUGAGGGUUAAUCAGUCUGGAAGGACCUGGAUCCCACAUCCCAUUCCACGUGUUAGUCUUUCUGGCCAUCAGACUUUUUGGGAGGACAAGAAAGACAAGCAUGGCUUGGGUUACUCUCCUACCCUAUUAGAUGAGACUGGAGGGCCAAUAAAUCAAUCUCAGAAGCAAACACAACCCCUGAUUGUCACUGCAAUUCGCCACGGAUUAUCAUGUCUGCCAAUUCAGCAGUUCCCCAUGCUUUUCAACAAGGAUGUCAAAGCCUACUCAGGAAUAAGAGGAAGGGCCUCGGUUUCAAAAAUCUCACUGCAUAGGGUUGUGCCAGAGUUUAUUUCUGUCAGAGACCAAGAGCUCAGUCGCUCAGCUUAUUUCUCUCCAGCUCACACUGCCCACCAGCAAAACAGAAGGCAGAAAAGAACACCGCAGUCAACCAGAGUUUCAUUUCAAUCCUACAUGCCUGAAAAGCGAAACACUAUGGGCACCCUGAGAACCAGUCAGAAAAGAAAUGUACCAGCAGGUCUGGCAGUACUGGAGACUGAGCAGUCCAGUGAAGCAGAGCAGCUCAAUAAACAAGAAACCGGGGACUACACUUUUGUCCCUGAUCUAAGAAGCAUAAUCAGGCCUGGCAAAAGCAAUAGCAGAUCCUCAGAUGAGCAGGCUAGACUUGGAUCUCUGAAGCUAGAAACGUUAACUGGUGGGCAGGAAGAUGCAGCUUCAUCAGGCAGCUGGAGCAGUGAAGGCGGAGGUGUGCAUGAUUUCCAGAGGUUGGAGAAAGAAUAAAUAAAAGCAUAAAGCCACAAGCUCAUGAGGAAGAGGAAUGAAAACAGGUCACUUUGAAGAGCAGCCUGGAAACAGGGAACACCCAGAGGAAAAGUCCAAAGAUGCUGGGGAAUAGUUCCUUUAAAUACUCUUAUUUCUUCAUCCACACAAAAAUGCUAAGUACAGAACAAUACAAUAGCAAAAUUUGUCUCACUUGGGCUCAGAAACAUGAUGGAUAGGAGCAUGUACCUCACUGGAAUUAAAAUGUGCUGUACUUUGAUUAUGCACAAAACCUUUGCAUUUAUUAUAUAUCCAAGCUUUAUAAUGGACUAUUUCCCAGGCAUUUGUUUUUGCAGUCAUUUUAGCAAAGUAAAUUAUUAUUUUUUUAUGUUAAAGGUAAAUACAGGGACGUUAUUGUAUGAGACAGAACAUUUCCCUAAUGUGUGUGCUUCUUGUGUAUACAAGUGCCAGCUCUUUUUAAAGAAUUGUGUGCCGCUAAACAUACUGUUAUUGCAUUAUCCUAUUUCUAACCAUCUGCAAGUUUACUUUUUCAGUUUACAUCUGAGUUAAACACAGCAA